AACGGUUGAGUGCAAUACUUGUCCUUGUUUGCUGGAUGGUUUGCCAUCCAUUACUGCUUUCUGCGCUAUCUAGUUCGUUCAAUUGUUGGUGAUAAUUAGUUUUUUGUUCGGUUUCCAAUGGUGGAUUUCCUAUCAAGUGAUCUGAUGAAAAUCACAUCUUUUAUUGCAGUUAUCUGCAUAGCGGCAUGCUUAGCCGAACCACAACGUGUACAAACAAGACAGGCACCAAACAAGCCUGGUCGGUUCCUAUCCCUGCCAGUCCCAGAGAAAUGUUCAAGCCGUCCAAAGGAAUUCACCUACAAAGGAAAGAAUCUUUUCUUGAGCACCCACGUUCCAGCCUUGGCCAAUCGUAAGGUUGACUGGUUAGAUGGUCGCAACUUGUGCCGUGAAUACUGUAUGGACUUAGUCUCACUUGAAACCCAGGAAAAGAACAAUCUUAUCUUCCGUGUUAUCCAACAAAAUGACGUUCCCUACAUCUGGACCUCAGGACGUAUCUGCGAUUUUGCCGGCUGCGAAAACCGCCCCGAUUUGGAACCAAAGAACGUCUUCGGAUGGUUCUGGUCCUCAACCCGGGAGAAGAUCCAAGCUACCAACCGCAUUCCACAAGGAUGGGGAUACAAUCCAUGGUCACAAACUGGUCACAAGAAGAUCCCUCAACCAGACAACGCUGAAUAUGACAUCAACCAAACCAAGGAACAAUGCUUGUCCGUUUUGAACAAUGUCUACAAUGACGGUAUUGCAUGGCACGACGUGGCCUGCUACCACGAAAAGCCAGUUAUCUGCGAGGAUUCUGAUGAACUUUUGCAAUACGUUGCAGCAACAAAUCCUGGAAUUCGUCUUUAAGUGAGAGAAAUGGGAGAGUGCUGAGAUGUUAUAGAAUUUCGUUUUAGUAUUUUAGAAAGUCCUUUUUGUAUAUUGUUUCUAUGUACUACUUAUUUUUAAAGUCGAAAACAAAAGACAUGCCUCUGUAUUUUUAAGUUUAGACGGAAUGUGAAGAUUCAAAGAACAUGAUUGAAGGUUUUCCUUAAUACUUUGGAUAGCAGACAUUUUUCUACGAUUUGGUUUUGCCAUCCCCCUUUUAUUCUAGCAGAGUGAGAUGACAAUUAUGUGACUGUAUAUUCCUGCAUGGGAAACUUUUGACUUAACAUCACUUUUCACCUUUCGCAGAAGUAUCUACGUUGAGCAAUCUCAAACUGCCUAAUCCAGUUCAUAUCCCACUAUUUUAUUUCACAAAAGCACAAACAUAGUAAGCGAAAUGAAAGACAGUCCAUCUUAUUGCGAAACUUCAAUUCGAAGGACAAAACUGCAAAGUUCUCAUUAUAUUUAUUAAUAUUAUACAAUAAUUUCUCUGUAAUUCUUCUUUAAAAUAAACACAAAAAUAUUGAAAAGAA